AUGACUGUUGCCACAGGCGACCCCUCUGACGAGGCGGCUACACACCCGGGGCAGGACUACGACCCGGAGGCAGACCAUGAGUGUUGUGAGAGGGUGGUCAUCAACAUCUCAGGGCUGCGCUUUGAGACUCAACUCAAAACCCUCUCCCAGUUCCCAGAGACUCUGUUGGGGGACCCCAAAAAGAGGAUGCGGUACUUUGACCCACUGAGGAACGAGUACUUUUUCGACAGGAACAGACCCAGCUUUGAUGCCAUAUUGUAUUAUUACCAAUCAGGGGGCCGGCUAAGAAGGCCGGUCAACGUCACCCUUGAUAUUUUCUCAGAGGAGAUUCGCUUCUACGAGCUGGGCGACGAGGCCAUCGAGAUAUUCAGAGAAGAUGAGGGUUUCAUCAAGGAAGAGGAGCGGCCUCUUCCUGAUAAUGAGUUUCAGAGACAGGUGUGGCUGCUGUUCGAGUACCCAGAGAGCUCAGGUCCUGCUAGGAUUAUUGCCAUAAUCUCUGUCAUGGUCAUCCUGAUAUCUAUUGUCAGUUUCUGCUUGGAGACCCUCCCAAUUUUCCGCAAUGAUGAUGACGAUAUGCACAAGUCUCACUCGAAAGUCUAUUCACCUGAGACCAAUACCACAACCAUCAGCUAUACAUCCACCUACUUCACUGACCCCUUCUUCAUCCUGGAGACUCUCUGCAUUAUAUGGUUCUCCUUUGAGUUUCUAGUGCGCUUCUUUGCCUGCCCCAGCAAAGCAGGCUUUUUCGGUAACAUAAUGAACAUUAUUGAUAUUGUUGCUAUCAUCCCUUACUUCAUCACUCUUGGCACAGAGCUCGCAGAAAAGCCCGAUGAUGGUCAAGCGGGUCAGCAAGCCAUGUCUUUAGCCAUUCUCAGGGUCAUCCGCUUAGUACGAGUGUUUAGAAUUUUCAAGCUCUCACGUCACUCCAAGGGGCUUCAGAUUUUGGGUCAGACCCUAAAAGCCAGCAUGCGAGAGCUCGGUUUGCUUAUUUUCUUCCUCUUCAUAGGGGUCAUCCUUUUCUCAAGCGCCGUCUACUUUGCUGAAGCUGACGAGCCCGAGUCACAGUUCGAGAGCAUCCCAGAUGCGUUUUGGUGGGCGGUGGUGUCCAUGACAACAGUCGGCUAUGGUGAUAUGGUCCCAACUACGAUCGGUGGCAAGAUCGUGGGCUCCCUCUGUGCCAUCGCAGGUGUGCUGACCAUUGCCUUGCCCGUGCCUGUCAUUGUGUCCAACUUCAACUACUUCUAUCACCGCGAGACUGAGGGUGAAGAACAGGCGCAGUACCUACAGGUCAACGUGCCCAAAGCCGAUUCAGCUGAGGAGCUGAAGAAGAGCCGUAGCGGCUCCACCAUCAGUAAAUCGGACUAUAUGGAGAUCCAGGAGGCUGUGAACAACAGCCGCGAGGACUUUCAGGAGGAGAACCUUAAGACGGCCAACUGUACGCUGGCAAACACAAACUAUGUAAACAUCACUAAAAUGCUCACAGAUGUGUAGUCAUCUGCUAUUUCCCUUCCGACACAGCCAGGAAAUGUGGAGCAACUGGAC